GAAACUUUAAACUUUAUAGUAAUAACGACAUAGACGGAGCACUGAUAGUAAAUUAGAUAAAAUGUGAAAACAUUAUCGUGAGGAGCGCACAGUGAAAGGAACUUCGUAUGCUCAAUAAGUACUCUUAUCGUGUCAAUCAUAAAGUUUGAAUUAAAUUAGGAAUCGCAUAAGACAUUUUUAUAUUACAGUCGGCUACGGUUUGUAAAUCAAAUAACAACAAGAAGAUUUCUUCACGUAUCGCCAAAGCUAAAUCAAGGUAUGGGGAUCGAUGGAAAUAAUAUUUUAGCGGAGAGUUUAAAGAAACAGGGUGUGGAAUAUGUGUUUGGCAUUGUUGGUAUCCCAGUAAUAGAAACAUCGUUAGCUUUUCAAUCAGUGGGAAUAAAAUAUGUAGGAAUGAGAAACGAACAGGCAGCCUGUUAUGCAGCUCAAGCAGUAGGAUAUCUUACAGGCAAGCCUGGAGUGUGUUUAGCAGUAUCAGGCCCUGGGCUCUUACAUUGUAUUGGUGGCAUGGCAAAUGCUCAAGUUAACUGCUGGCCUCUGUUGGUCAUUGCUGGUUCAUGUCCUGAAGAUCAUGAGGGUAUUGGUGGAUUCCAAGAAUGGCUGCAGGUGGAAUCAAGCCGUCAAUACUGUAAGUACGCAGUGCGACCUCCGUCUCAGAAACUGAUCCCUCUCCACGUGGAGCGGGCUGUGCGCACGGCCUGUGCUGGAAGACCUGGUGUCGCCUAUCUGGAUAUGCCUGCCACACUCCUCAUGGGAGAGGUGGACGAGGAAAAGGUAUCUUUGGAUUAUUACAACGCCGGACCAUUGACACUGGCUCAUCCGGAUCCAGCUCUGGUGGAGAAGGCGGCUGACCUGCUGUCGAAAGCCGAGAGGCCGCUCGUGAUCGUUGGGAAAGGCGCAGCGUAUGGCCGUGCAGAGGAGGCCUUGAGGAAACUUGUGGAUGAUACCAAGAUACCAUUCUUACCAACACCUAUGGGUAAAGGCGUAGUCCCGGACGAGUCUCCUCAGUGCGUGUCCGCGGCCCGCACGCAGGCCCUGCUGAAGGCAGACGUGGUUCUCCUGCUGGGAGCUCGUCUCAACUGGAUGCUGCACUUCGGUCAGUCACCCAGAUACGCGCCAGAUUGCAAGAUAAUACAGGUGGAUAUUUCGCCUGAAGAGUUCCACAACAGCGUCAGAUCGGAGGUUGCUGUACAUUCUGAUAUCAAGCCUUUCGUCGAGGCGCUGACACAGAGACUGUCCAACAAGAAAUUUUCACUGCAACGAGACGGCGCUUGGUGGCAAGGACUUAAAGAGAAACAGAAGAAAAAUACUGAAUUUGUGGAGGCACAAGCAAAUGAUAAGAGUGUACCACUGAACUACUUCGCAGUAUUUAAAACAGUUCAAGCAAACAUUCCCAAAGACUCCAUCAUAGUGAGUGAAGGUGCGAACACUAUGGACAUCGGACGAGGUCUAUUGUUGAACAAUCUACCCAGACAUCGCCUGGAUGCUGGCACUUUUGGUACUAUGGGUGUCGGUCCUGGAUUUGCCGUGGCCGCAGCGAUGUACUGCCGGGACUACGAACCGAACAAGCGAGUGAUAUGUGUUGAAGGAGACUCGGCUUUCGGAUUUUCAGGAAUGGAGGUAGAAACAAUGUUCAGAUACAAGUUGCCGGUGAUCAUCAUUAUCGUCAACAACAGCGGGAUCUACGGCGGGUUUGACAAGGAGAUGCUGCGAGAUAUGCAGUCGGCCGGAGAUGUGGGGCAAUGUACACCACCGACAGCUCUUUCCUCCGAAGUACGCUAUGAAAAGAUGAUGGAAAUGUUUGGCAGCUCGGGCUACCUCUGUCGAACAGUCGAAGACAUUGAGAAAGCAAUCAAAGAGUCAAUCAAAUUGACCGACAGACCCAGUAUCAUCAAUAUCUUGAUAAGUCCACAAGCAAACAGGAAACCACAGACGUUCAAUUGGCUUACAGAAUCCAAGCUGUGAUAUUAAUCUGCGAAUAUUUUAUACGAAUUUUGGAUAUUUUUGAUACAGGCAGUGGUGAAUAAUUUGCUAUAUUUCAAAGUGAUAACCCACACUUUCGGGAUUAAUUACACAAAUUAAAUUUGAAAAUACUAUUUAUGAACGAUGCGGGACUCGAACCCGCGACCUCUCGCGUUCCGUGAGCUCUUUCCAAUGAGCCAACCGUUCAACUUGUUCAACUCUCAGGUUGUGGCAUCAUCUACAGGAUCUACUUUACAGUUGAUAACCUGCUCAAUCCUAAUAUUUUCAUAUUAGGAAAUCGACUAAGAUUUCUUUGUUCAAACAUAAGCAAUUUGUUAUUUUUUAGACACACAAGAGUUAUCAACGAUACGUCACUCGAACAGUUGGCUUAGUGGAAAGAGUGCUCCCUCGGAACGCGACAGGUCGCGGGUGGGUUCGAGUCCCGCAUCGUUCUUAAAUUUUGUUUUCAAAUUUGAUUUGUGUACAGGUAGUGGUAUUUCAUACUUGGUGCUUAACAUAUGGGUUUGUAAAUAAAAGUAAUUGUGAUAUGGAUAACUUUAUAUUGUCUGUCUAUUGAGUUAUUCAUAACAACAUGGGGUCAUAUUUUGUAUAUUAUUAUGUCGAACAAUAUAUAUUAAUUUGUUAUAAACUAAA